UGUGCAUGAUUGAGCGAACUGGCCAACGCGGCGCGCAAAAUAGAAUUUGCGGUUCUAGAGGUUUGGUGAGGCAAUCGAAAUUCAUCAAUCAUCCAAUACAGAAGCCCUCGGAAGCAGUUUUUUCUAAAAAUAAAGUCGUCAAUCAUUCGACCCCUUUAUCCUUUGCCACAUGGGUUUGUUCUCGGCAUCUAUUCAUCAAUUUCUGGCUCUUCCUUGAGAAGCCACCGCGGGUGGAGCUGAAUAUGGCGGUGCCAUGGAGCAUGAGUCUCUGGAUGGCGAAGAUGGUGUGGAUUGCUUUGAGUGGGUGGGUAUCUUCGUGCUUGACUGUUGCUGACGAGGUUGCUAGUUCUCUUCGAUCCGGUGAUAUUGGCCCCUUCAACGUUGGAUGAUUCAAAAACCUAAUUCACCUUUGCUUCGGCCCUGAAAUUCAGCAGGCGGUGGAAGAAUGAUCAAGAAAGGUAAUCAAAAGUCACUUUUUCUGUCGUGCAGUUCUUUGGAUUGUACGGGAAGAAGAGGAUAAGAUUCAUGUUCAAGAAUGUUUGCCUCUCGUUCCAGUGUGUCAAUCUGGUGUUGAGAUAUUACUGUUUUUCCCCCAUAGGUUAUUAUCUAGUCAAAAUAAAAUAUGAUUCUUAGCCAUACGAUUUGAUAUAGACUAUUCCCUGACUUGAAACCAUACUUGUAGGAUUGGUGUAGUGAUGGAAUUUGUAACGCACUUGUAAAGAAUGGUACAAUUUGCGUAUAAUGAUCCGGCGAGGAGAGCAUAAACACAUUCGGGUGGCCGUUGUGAGAAUAGUUUUGAGCGUUGGGUUUCCCUUAUCCCCACAGUGUUUGUAUGGAUGAAACAAAUACCCGUGAUUAAGGAUUAACGAA